AAGGCUUAGUUCGGCUCAAACGCACCCUUUAGCCAACUAGACAUUUUCGAAUAGUUUUCUUCGUCAUGAGCAGGCGACAUGCGAAGGUGUUACCAGCCUGCCUGAUCGCUGUAGCGCUGCUCUUUUUCAGGUGUACAACAUUUACGACACCUCCAAGCGACACACGACGCGACUUCUUGCAGCAAUUGGGUGCCGGAGCUGCUGUAAUUGCCGCGGGGCAAUCCGUUGGCGUCCAGCCAGCGCAGGCCGCCAUUGCCAGAUGGUCUGGCAUCUAUGACGAUCCUAAGCAUCCAGGAUGUGAGCGCGAAAUCAGGAAGGAUGGUGAUGAAUUUGUGAUUUCUGGUACUAGCGCGACAGAUGGAAGCAAAGCCUGUGCUGAAGAUGCUCCCACCAAGAAAUGGUACUUGAUUGGCAAGCCUUCGGGAGGAGGCUUUGGCGGUCCUUCGGAUGAGCUCCUGGUCGAUUUCUCCCCGAAGGGAGGACCCAAGGAUGCCCUGGCCAAGUGGGAUGGCGAUGGCAUUGUGUUCCCGGAUGGCAACAGGUGGUCCAAGAUCAAGCGUAAGCCGGGGCAGGCUGUGGCAACAUGGGGUGACGGCCCCUCAUCUCCACUGGCCAAGUUCGCCAAGGGCAAGGUGCCAACUUAGACAAGGAUGAAGCAGUGUCCGA